AAGAGAGAGAGAAAGAUUAUUUCUACUGAAAAUAGAUAUGGCCGCCGAGCACUGCUGACGACCAGACAAGAGAAUAUUUUAUUUUAUAUUAUUGUUGAUUUUGUGGAAAUUAUGUGAUAUUAUCGAGCUCAGAGAGUGUACGGAAAGUUUCCCUAUGCAGUUAAUCCGCGGGAGUGAAAGAUGUCCACGCGAUCUCAGCUAACUAAGGAUCUAAACGAAAGUGUUAAAGCUCUUCUAGGGAAACAUGUCAAAAUAUUGCUCAAAAAUGUUGUUAGACUGGAAACCAAGGGGGAUAAAACUGAAAACCGAGUACUGGUUUUCUCCCCGUGCCGUCUAUUUCUCCUCACAGCCAAAGUCCCCACCAGGAUUGACUUCCACUUUCAUUACCUGGAAAUUCAAGCGAUUAGCAGUGUAAAAAGCAAUCAGCUUUGCCUAACCGUUAAUGACAAGGUGUAUUCAUUUUUAACGUAUGAAGAGCAGGGAAGCCAGGAAGUUGAUGCAAUGGUAGCUGCUCUUGCAACUGCCAUGAGAAACAUUUUUCCAACAGUACCCCUUCAGCACAUUGUCCGAAAAAUUGAAGUCCAGCCUCCGAAGCGCAUAUCACACCUUCAGGACGGAGAAAUUAUCCGUGGUGCUGAAGUGCGAGGCAUGGGUCCCUGUGGAGGCUUCAGCACACAAUAUGCUUGCAUGUGUGAUUUUCAUACAAUGCCUUACCGUGACGAAGUUGCCUGGGAUGUUGAUACUAUCUACCUUUCCCAUGACACACGAGAGCUGUCUUUAAAGGAUUUUGAUCAUCUUGAUCCAAAAGAUCUAGUGCCCAUCAUAAGUGCUUUGGAAUACAAUACUUGGUUUACAAAAGUAAGAGCAAGUAAUAUUUGCCUCACACGUGAAGCCCUUGAUCGUAUCCUGCAUGUUGUUAAAAAGUCACUGAGCAUUGAAGAGCUAUACCUGGACUCAAUUGGGGUGAAAGCUGACUUUGCUCAUAAGCUUUCCCUAGCAGUGAUAGCAAACACAAGUACUGCUCUUCAUACGUUGGAUCUUUCUAACAACAUGAUUGAAGAUAAAGGUAUCUGGAGUUUGUGUGGGAUCGUUGCCAAGUUAGCACCAGGUGCAUCCCAUUUGAGUGGUCCACUGGCAAAGGUUCCCAAGGGGCUGGUACAUUUAAACCUAUCAUACUGUGGGUUGACUUCAAAAGGUGUCAACCAGCUGGCAAAUGCUCUUGCAGUCAACAAGUUCAUGCCCAACACUCUUACUUACUUGAAUCUUUCAAACAAUAGUUUGAAAGAAGAUGUUACUAGUUUGUGCAAUUUUCUGGCUCAACCUAAUGUUAUCAAGCACCUGGAUAUCUCAAAGACCGAAACAACACUGGAAGCUGUCUUUGGAGCCCUUCUUCGAGGAUGUUCAACCAAUCUCGUUCACUUGAAUGUUUCUCACAAUUUAUUUUCCACCAAAAAACAUAAAGAAGUUCCAUUAUCUUUCAAACAGUUUUUCACUAGUACUCUUAUGCUGAAAUACUUGAAUAUGAGUUAUUGUAAACUUCCCCUUGAGGCGCUUAAGAAUCUCCUUCUGGGUUUGGCUUGCAAUGAGACAACAUCUGACAUGGAGUUGGAUAUGAGUUGCAAUAAUUUAGGAGCACAAGGAGCACAUGUUUUCGAAUCUUGUAUCCAUGGAGUGCGAUGCAUUGGAAGCUUGGAUAUUAGUGAUAAUAACAUGGAUGUUGACCUGGCUGGAGUAGUCACAGCAAUCAGCAAGAAUAAGUCUAUAAAACAUCUUAAUAUAGGACGCAAUAUGGCAAACAUGAAGGCUAAACACAUUGCUACUGUGAUGGAAGCGGUUGUUCAAAUGUUGCAGGAAGAAGAUUGUGUGCUGCAAACUUUAAAUAUAUCUGACUCCAAACUCAAAUCUGAUCUAUUUAACCUUAUAAAUGCCCUCGGGAGCAAUCAUUGCUUGCAGUCAAUUGACAUAAGUGGUAACAUGAUGGGUGAUGGUGGUGCUCGCUUACUGGCAAAGGCUCUGCAAAUUAAUUGCCGCCUUCGAAGCAUACAGUAUGAUCGGAACAACAUCACUUUGCCUGGAUAUUGUGAUUUGGCUUAUGCAUUGGAAAGCAACUACACUGUCAGGUACAUGCCAUUGCCACUGAUGGAUGUACUUCCUUGCAUGAAAGUGUCGGCUGAGCGCACAGAUGCUGUUAUGAAACGAAUUCAAGACAUUCUUCAUCGCAAUGUAUCUCCCAAGAAAUACAGUAAUGGUCAAGCCUUCAGACUACAACAAGGCUUUUUGUUGAGUUCCACUCAGCAAAUGGUGGACAGACUUGUUGUUCAAACUCAAGAAACCAUUAAAGUUCUUGCACAGAGUGCAGAUUCCACCCAAAAUAAUAAUCAGAUUAACCAUGCCACUGGUCUUAUCCAAGAUGCUGACAACUCUAAGCAGUUACUACCCCGUCUUCAAGAGGUGGUUCAAAGGAGACAUGACAUAAACAACCCUAUUGACAAGAAAUUACGCAGUAUUUCAGAAGACUUACACACAACUAUUGUGGAUCAUUUACAGGGAACUUUGGAGGCCAUGAUGAGAUGCGCCAAUGAACAGUGCCCAACUGUUCUUGAGGAAGAUAAAGUUCAGACAGAAAUUCGAAAAACAUGUAGGGAAAAGAACCAACUUGCACCAGAUUUUGUUCAGACUUGUGUAAUGGAACAGGCUGGAACUGAUAUUAUUAACAGAGUCAAUGAGUUGAACUUGGCAGCUGCAGCACAUAUGUCUGACCGCAUAACUGAUGAGGUCAUAGAAUCCUUGUCUCGUUGCUAUAAGGGCUUGGCUGGUGACAGUGGUGGAAGAAAGCGAGCUUCCACUCCAGAUGUCUUAAGGUCUCGAUCUCACAUCAGUUCUGAUUCAUCUCGACAGGACCUCGCAGAAGCUUUCCUUGACUCCCUUUCACCACAGCUAGAUGAGUCUCCUCUGAAGUUGGAAUAUUUGAAUCUUGCAACUCCACACCUCAUGAGCAAACGAAAGAGCCUCCACGGCCGUAAACUGCGACCCAAAUCUGUAGUCGACAGUGUAGAUGGACUGUCGGCUGAUGAUAUUCCAGAUCUUCUACCGUCACUCACCAAAAGUGCAGAAGUGUCUUCCGGUGUGGCAGAAUCCCUUGACUCCGUGGCGGAGCUUCCACGGUCUGUAGGCCAACAACUGCAACACUUAGUAAAGGGACGUCCCAAACGUGCUAAGACGAGAGCUCCUACAAGGCCUAUGUUGCGUCCAGCCGAUUCUACUGAUACCUCUGAUCUUGGUGAGGGAUUGGACACAUUCUUCCGACCAGGGUCAGUCACACCAACCACUCCCCUGGUAUCCCCAACGUCAGAUGACAGCAGCUCUCACACAUUUCCUAUUGAAAGUGAAGCUGAAUCGCUUGACAGUGAUAAAGAUCGCAGAAAUGGGGGUUUGGGUAUUUUGAAGGAUAAAGCAAUCAAGAGUUCACCAUUGUUAAAAGGAAAGACAAGUUUGCUGGACUCAAUGCCUCGUUCACCCGAUCUUCUGGAUAAGAACUCUCCGCUAGCUGGGCGGCGUCCACCCACAGCAGAGUCUCCACUUGUGAAAAGAGGCCAAGAUGCUUUAAACUCUGACACAACUAAGACUGAACUGAAAACUGCUGUCCCCAAACCACUGGCUGUUGAUGUUAAGGCUCGCCUCAAACCUGAUGAAAUCGUAGCUGAAAAACCAGCUUCACCGACAGCUGUGCCUUCUGUGCGACUACGCUCUACUGGCCUUGCUGACUCCCUUCGGUCACCCACUAAUGGAUUUCCUAAAACAAGCUCAUCCAUUGGCAAUGGCAUUGUACCACCUUCAGUUGAGACUGCUCCCAAAUCACCAAUUCUAAAAUCUAUAUCAAAGGAGUCUAAAAAUGAACUUUCAUCUAAAAUUAAAGGACCUCCACCAAUCGCUCCUAAACCACGGCCAUGGUCCAUGGGUGGAGACCGAAAGUCAGGUGAAUUCUCUGCAACAAGUGAUGGGUCUAGUCCUAAUACAUCAGCAGCUAAUACUCCAGAUUCAGGAGAUGCUCUUGACGAAUCAACUGACUCAGGCCUCAGCUCAGGAACUAGUGGCGCUGCUUCUAGUCUGGAAAAGAAAUCUGUCCGUGAACUAGCAGCUUCCCUAAAUAAAACGGAUCCUGAUGGAAAGAAGAAGUCAGAAGCAGGAGGUGAUGGUAGCACUGGCAGUCGUAGUGAGGAAGGCAGCCCCCAGCCCUUCCCCAGGUCUGUUCUUAGAAGAAGCCUUGGUAGACUUCCUCCUAUCCAUUCUGAGGGGAGCUUGGGUGAAAGCAUAUUAGCAAACUGGAAGAACCGUGCCAAACUUCGGACUGCUUAUGAGACUGAGCCUGGUGUGGAUGAUGUGGUCGAUGUUUAACCACAUUCAGCGAAGUCUAUGUUAAUCUCACUCUGUUAUUGCUCUUUAGCAAAUUGUUAAAAUUAAUUUUGAUUGGGACAAAAAUGCCAUAAUGCCAUCGCUGUUGACUUAUGAUAAUUCUUGACUUGUAUUAUGUAGGGUGUGAGUGUGUGUGAGUGUGUAUAAUGUGUAUGUCAUGUGUAUGUGAGUGAGAGUGAGGAUGUCUAGAAGAAUAUAUGCUUAAAGUAAGUGAAAUGAUUGUGUGUACAAGGACUAGUCUGGGGCUGUGUAUUUGUCAGUGAAGCAGGUUUUAUUAGCUGUCUCAUGCUCUGUUAAUAUUUGCCUUGGCAGUGAUAGCAGAUGCAUUAUAUCUGUAAAAGUAUGCUUUUUUUAUUAUUAUUAUUAUUAUUAUUAUUAUUAUUAUUAUUAUUAAAUUGAUGACUGUCAGAGUAUUAUAAUGUUUGAGUUUGUUCCUGCAUGAUUAUUUUCAGAAGCACUACCACCAAUUUAUUGUAUAAGAAUCAGUUACCAUUCUUUUCUUUACUCAAACUAUCCAUUCCAGGGACAUAUUUUCUCCAGCAUUUUAAUACACCGGUAGUUUGAGUAGCCAUUAUCCCUGUGUCUAGGAGUUAAUUCUAUGUAAUUGCUGAUGGUAAAAUCCAGGAAAGUAGGUUGAAGUUAUUGCUUUUGGGAUUGGGGCCACCCAUUUACCCAUAUGUUCCAGAGUAAUGGAGCAUGCAUUCUUUCACCAAAAAUUUCCAUUUUUAGUAUUAUUGUUACUCUGAGAAUGUUCGGGUCCCUCUUAACUACAAAGCCAUUAAAUCAAAUUUGUACUUUAACAUUGUCAUUCUAAUAAGUCAAGUCUUUGAUAAUAAUUAAGUAAUAUUUAUUUAGCUCACAAAACUAUAAAUGGCACCCAAACCUAGAAUUUUGUCUCUUUUGCCAAUAAAAAAAAAACAGUGAUAAUUGUUAUGUGGACAGAAGCCUUGUAAGUUAUUGUUAUUGUGCUGGUUUUUUUCUGAAUUAAAUAAUUGCUCUGUAAAAAUUUAAGUAAAAGACUUCUAGAUUAUAAUAUAAAAUCUUCAAAUUGUAGGGAGACUUUGAUUUUAAUGGGGCAAGUUGUCUUCAAUGAUUGAUUGCUCACAGCUGUAGUGUUGAAAUUUAGAGUUCAUGGUCAUCAAUUUCAUAUUUAUAGUGACAAACAUGUAUUCAAUUUUGUAAUAAAUUUGAUGGAAUAGUGAGAGAAGAGCAAUAACAAGACAGAAAGGAAGUGACCAAUUCUGUGGUUGAAAGAUUAUUAGGAAUGGAAUGAGUGAAACGGUCAGGCUUAGUAAUGUAUUGUGUUUAGAGCAGUUUGCGAGAGGGUUGGUGUAGCAGCAGUUUAUUAUUAUUAAAAUGUAUAACACUGAAAUUAUGAUAAAUUUCUGCACUUCUACAAUUUCAAGUUUGCUAUGUUCCUUGAUUUUGGGCCAUUAGCUCAUACAUUAUGCAACUUUACCAUUAUACAAUCACAGUUCUACUGCUCUUCUCAUUUUUUAUUAUUUUUAAUGAUUGGAAAAGAUCGUUUUGGUCUCAUCAUUUUUUGAUUUCAAUUCUGUGCAAUUUAUUUAUGUCUUCUCUUCUACUUCUUAUUCAUCAUCGCUGUUAGUACCAACUGUUAAUUGCUCCCAUUCCUUGCGUUCAUCCUUGUGCACUUUCCUUGCUCUUAAAGACUGGUUUCAUGUUAAGUCUCUGUUGUUGUUCAUUAACUAAAAGUCUAUCUACCUUUAUAAAUGAGAGCAUAGUGAAACAUGGAAAGAAAAAUUGUGCCAAAGGAUCAGGUGGCCAAUACUAUUUCAUGUACAAUAUUUACCUUUUAUUCAAUUGAAAAUAGUGGUAUUAGUAGCUUAUAGUUUGAACAAGGCGAUAAACACACUGGGUUUGAGUACUUUAGAGUAAUAGAGUACUUAAAAUUUUGAUCCAUUUCUCUUUCAGAAAUCAAAGCAGACUAAUGGCAAUCUUGACCAUUUCUGUAGAAAAAAAUAGUGUGAGUUGAAGAAUUCUGAGGUAAUCUCUUCAAUUCGGAGCAACUUUUACAUGGUAUCAUUGUUAUGAUGUCAGAAGUUGUUGGUAAAAUUUAUAGAGGCCAAUUCAUCCCUUUAUUAAAUAAUUUCACAUUCCUUUUAUCAUGUCUUACUUUUCUGUGAUUGCUCACUUUCAUUCUUUGAGAAAAAAUACUUGUUAGUCAAAUCUACCUACCACAGGAAAAACAACAAGAUAUCACUGGAGCUGUAUUUGUUAAAUGAUGAAAAACUAACGUUGCAUCAUCAAAACGCAGGCCUACUACAUUUUUAUUUUGUACCUCUGUGAUUUGCCCAGGCAAAUUUUUAAGUGACUUCCUGCUUUGGUUUAGCUGGGAUGUGAUUUGCUAGUUAUUGUUUACUGUUCCAAGUGCUCUGCAUUACAGCGCUUGUUUGUGCCAAAUAAUUUUUCCAUUAAAUUUAAUAUACAGAAAUGCUUUUUACACAUGUUUUGGUUUGCUCAAUGUAACAAUGAAAAAAGUUUUAAAGUAUUGCUUUCCUCUACUAAUAUCGUGACAUGGAUUUUGUGCAUCUACUGGGAUCAGGAAGCCUUGAUGUUCCACCUGGAUAUUAAACUGUUACCAAUUUUGCUAAGCUGCAUAGCCUCAUCAGAAUUAAAGUAGACAUUGUUGAAGUGUUUUUUCUUGCUUCCAUUAUUUUUGCUUCCUGUCCCAUUGAGGAAUUUUUUUUGUCUUUUUUUCUGUCUGUUGAGGAAUCAUUUGUUGCCAUUUCAAAACAGAUUUUUUUUUCUGUUUUAAAUUUACAAUUACCAGUCAUUCCACUAAUUAGCAGCUAAAACUGUAAAGUGCUGUUAGUUUGGAGGGCAUUUUCCUCGUAUCUCAAAACAAUAAAUGCAUACAGUACUUGA